UGGUGUGAUAACGACAAAAGCAGCGGCUCAGUUUCAGUCAUUCCACGGUGUUGUCCUUACCAAGUGGAUCGAGGAGGUGGUGAUCGACUGGAUACUUGGUUCAGACACGACUCUGUUCUUUGAUUGUUUUUUAAAUUUUGGCUAUCGGUGUAUUUCUUUGUGCUUUGGAUACUAGCUUCUGAUUCAAACAUUCAAACUGUGGAGUUCCUGUGACCACAGUCGUCAAUAACGUCAUGAAACAGGUUUGACACAUGACGAUCUGUGAGUCCCCGCGUCCAUUGGAGGAUGGACCGACACGCCACGUCCCUCGCACUUGAACAGAAAUAUGUCUACAAAGUUUACGACAGUAUUGCGCCCUACUUCAGCCACACCAGGCACAAGGCUUGGCCGAAGGUGGCAGAGUUUCUGGAAAAUCUACCGGCGGGAUCGUUGGUCGCAGACGUCGGAUGUGGCAAUGGCAGAUACUUUGACGUCAACAAAUCCAUUUUCAAAUUCGGCUCUGAUCGAUGUCAGAAACUGGUCGAAGCUGCUCGCAACGACCGCCACGAGGUGAUGUCAUGUGACAACUUGCAGCUGCCGUACCGGAACAACGUAUUUGAUGCCGUCAUAUCCAUCGGUGUCAUUCACCAUUUUGCGACGGUGGAGAGGCGUGUGGCGGCACUGCGAGAGUUGGCGCGUAUUAUUCAGCCCGGCGGGCGGAUCAUGGUGUACGUCUGGGCAAUGGAGCAGACGAGGAGAAAGUUUGAUGCUCAAGAUGUGUUGGUACCUUGGAACAUGCAGACGAAGCACAUGAGAAGACGAGGAAAACUCCUGCUGGAUAAGAAAGAUUCCUGCAACCACAGCACAAGUUCGUUGAGCGAGGACGAAUUCGACAAUACCAUCCUCGGGUUCCCCAAACACUGUGACAGCGUGGAGGUUAUGAAAGAGAAGGAGAAAAUCUGUCAGGAUAUCGUGAGUCUGGUCGCUAUGUCGGGUGCUGACGAGGCAGUGGAGCAGACGUGGUGCUCGAAAUGUUCAGGUCUUCAAACAGACGUGCUUCAGCUUGGUGGUUCGGGAUAUAAGUCAAAAAAGUUACGCUCCAUCCCACCGAAUAUUCAACUGCGUUCGCCGUCGAAUCCUUCCCCGUCCGAUAUCCAGGCGAUCGCAACUGAAGCGAAUCUGAAUUUUGAGCAUGCUGAGAAAAAGAAGAAAAAACGUAGUAUUAUGACGAUGGUUCGUGGUUCUGGCCAUGUUUCUGGUACCCCGAGCUCCGAUAGCACUCCAACCCGCCUCCCUAGUGAUAAUACUCAAGAAUCUAGUUGUGAGCAAGAAAGAAAGAUGUCACUGCCAGAUCGAUUAAAGGCAAAUUUCAUCAAUUUACUCAGUCCUUCAAAAUCUUCCAAGAAAGGCUCGCGGCAUGAGAAAGGUCAGAAAGGUGAGGAAAAUCAAGAUGAAAAAAAAGAUGUUAAGGAUCAUUUGUAUAAAGAGUUAAUUGAUCAUAUCGCUAAGAAUGAGUCGCAUAUUUUUGAUAAGCCGUGGCCCCCGAUAGAUUCUCCCACGCUCAUGCCUGAUGCGGCCCGUGGUCAGUCUUUUCAGGUGCGGGAAUUUCCGCAGAGCAGUCGGCCUCUCCUACGUCAAGAGUCGACAGAAAGUGCCUUAUCGUUUUUGCAUAGUCGCAGGAAUACCGAAAAAGGCCAUACAAGUUCUGCCGAUUUUGCAUCAGAUGAGCAGAACUCAUCCAUGAGUGAUGAUGAGGCUAGCGAUGAGGUGUUUGCUGCAGUAACCAUGACAACGGAGAAACAGUCAUCCCACCAGAGCAAGAAGAAAAGUAAGGAAGAUGGAGAUGGGAAAGAUGAAACAAAAAACAAACACAGAAAGCUGACCCUUUCAAAGUCUGUACCUGCAACAGUCGCAACGAACGAUAAUAAAACAAAUGGGAUUCCUGCUUCUGGCAACAUCGAAUGCUCCCAUAUCAGGAGUGGGAUCUUUGAAAAGGUGACAGAGCCUGAUUCACUCACACGGCGGUCAUCAAUGGAUCAGCAAUCUGCUGUUGACUUGCGUAGAGAAAGUUUGAAGUCUUUCAGAGGACGUAUUUUCUCGGACCCUACUUAUAAUGAAGGUGUGAAAAAGGACCAGUUGAGCAUUCCCGGUCCAGGAGGAGAAUUACGGGAACGUGACGGGUACUCCGCCGACGAAUCGUCAAUCGAUUCUUCCAUGAUUGAUCUCUGUUCCAUAAAUAGUUCACACUUCUUGAAAUCUGAAUCUUUAUCGAGGACAAAUAGCGAGGAGAAACCGGAACGACCUCUGAAUGGUUUUUCUUACCCGCCGCCAUUGAUGGACCCUGUUGAGGAGAAGGGCAGUACAGAACAGUCAGAAAAGGAGCAGUUGAGCCCUGAUGAGCACUGUGACAUGCUUCCCAAACUCAAACACAAGAAACUACAUACCAUCGAACAACGACGGAAAUUGAAACGCCACAGUUUUGAGUUACAGGCGUUACGCCGCCAUUUGGAUAACAUGCCUCAUGUCGACCAAUCACGUCGUUCUCUUCCUGUAGUGAGUACGCAGAGACGGUUUGUGGCAAAUGGCUGCGUACCGGAGUUGUCCAUGAUGACGUCGGUUGACGCAACGAGUACGGAAAGUCUUCUCGAUCAGCGGAUUGAAACGGAUAGCGAAUCAACGGAGCCUGGACCUAAAUCUCCAACCUAUCAUCGCUACUACCAUGUGUUCAAAGAUGGCGAGUUAAACGGCUUGAUCACCAAGUAUGUACCUGGUUUGAAUGUUGUGGACACGUAUUAUGAUCACGCUAAUUGGUGCGUCGUUGCGGAGAAAGCUUGCCCGUCCUCCUGACACAUGUGUCUAGAACACACUGUGUCUCACAGGUUCAAGUAAACUUUACGAUUAGCACUGACGGCCAGUGCCAGGAACAAAGAAAUAGUCCCAGGAAAUGAUAUUGACAUGAUUGAUUUCUACAAGUUAGUUAUUUUGGAGCAUUUUCUAUAUAUCCAAACUCCAUCAACCCUGAAGUAAUGUAAUUCAAGUGUGGUUCAUGAAGUCAGUAGAUUAGUUCAAUCAUUGAGUUGAACCUGCAAAAAAGUUUUGAAUCUCAUAUUUUAGCUUCUUGCCUGGUUCAGCAUACAGCUUUUACGAUUACAUAUCUUUUCUUGUUCUUCAAGAAGGCAAGCCUGAAUGUAUGCCUCUCUUAUUAAACUAUGUUUUUCUAUCCGAGGUCAUCCAGCAUGGCAGUGACGCUGUCCCUCCAGCUGUGCUUCCCUGAUUUGAAUGGCAAGGUCUUCUUUGACCUUGCUGUUACUCGUGGAUGUCGACCAUACAGUGGGGUUCCCAUAUUGCAGGGCUAUAUUCUAAUCCUGAUCACACCAUCGCACCGUAGGCAAGCUCUUCUGUACCCCUGGGUGCACCUCUUAGGUUCUUCAAAGGAAGGUCAAUGAUUUUUUUUGUUUGACAACCUUUUUAAUAUGAAUUCUGUAACUUAUUUUCCAAUAUUCCUAUUGUUAUAUUCCCUGCUCUUUUAGUGUAAUCCUUCUGUUGUUCUGUUGUGUACUGUGUAUUGUGUUGAUGUUAACCUAAUUUAUUAACUAAGUUAUGUUUAAUAAUAUAUGUAUUCAUGUUUGUCUGCAAUAAUAAUCUACAAUGUUAUGUCGGGUUUUUUGUAAUCUAGUAAAAAAAUCAUUUUUGCAAUUAGAAUUUUUCCAAAUGACUCGGCAGAAUUUGUGCAAAAACAUAGACGCUGUCGGAUGGUGACCUUUAUUGACUUUGGCUCUCUUGGAAGAAUUGUCUCAUUAUUUAUUGACUGAAUAUUUGACUGGGAUACCUCAGGGGAAAGUGCCAGUUGGUUGCAAUUUUUACUUCUAGUGGUGCCGUUUUGUGCAUUGUGUAUAUAUGUUUACAAUAUUUAUGUUCUUUAUGUGCAAUAAACUCAAAAGGAGCAUCUGAGAUUAUGAAUGGUGAUGAAAAGGCAGAGUUUAGGUUCACGGAUGGCUGCCUACUUAGUCUAUGAGUACGAUCUCUCUCUCACUGCCAAAAAUGUUUGUGUUAGAGAACCAGUCAUCACUUGUUUGCUGAACACAAGAUCUACUACAAUCCAUAGAUAUCGAGUCAACAGCUCUUUGGGAGCUAGGUGUGGACAGCCACAGCCUGAAUGUAGGCAAAUUCCAGACCUGGCAGUAAAAUAGUUUAGAUUGUUAGUAUACAAAUCUUCAGGGCCUUUUACAUCAUCGAGUUUUGGUACAGUUGAGCUGUCUACCAAAAUUUACUUAAAAACGGUGCCAGAUUUGCAGCGACUGACUUGUACUGGAGCUGAUUUUGAAUAAUUGUUUUGGUGUAUUUACAAUUGUAUUUAGAGAUUGUGUACAAUUAGUAACUACAGUGAAACCUCUCUAUAGAGGACAAUGUUGAGACUGACAAGUACUGUCCGUAAUAGAGAGGUGUCCUGAUUAGUGUGGUCAAAUUGAAUGGCCACAACCAAUUAUAGACCGAAACUAGUGUCGUUGGUAGAGAGUGUGUCUUUAUUAGUGAGAUGUCUGCUAAGGGAGGUUCCACUGUAUCUCUAGUCCAGGUCAGUUAUAUCAUAAAAUUUGCUUAGACCAAUAACUGAAGGCCCUUAGUUUAGGAACUUAGUAUAAUCUUGUUUAUAUUCAGGUUUGUGUCAUUGUUUAUGAUCGCCUGUCGGAGAUUGAAACACUUUUAGAACAGUGAUUUCCUGUUAUACAGAACAUAUCAUCUUUUUGUGAGAUUGUACACAUUGCACCGCACAUUAUGAAAUAAACCUUUACCAAUA